UUACUGAAAAACAUGAAGAGACGCUUGGCCGCCGUUUGCCCGUAGGAGGGGUAAAUAGUUAAAUUUCCCUUUCGGACCCUCGUCACUCAUCGUCGUUUGCCCGGCGCCGCCCGGCCGCCGCCGAUCCCCAUCCAUUCCGCUAGCGAGCAGGGGCGCCGUCGUUCGUCCUGCUGCUUCCGCCGCAUCCAUCCCUGUUUCCCAUGUUAGACCCGCCCAUGGACCGGUUCUAGCGUUGGUAUGGAGAGCUUCCGUGAUGAUCAGCGCGCUGGUCCUCAAUCCGAGCAACACUCUGAUCAUGUGUCUGAUUCUGCUGAGGAUGCAAUAUCUGAUGAGGAUGUUCUUGCACCAACAAGACUGUCAUUAGCUUGUGCUGCUUCAAAAGAAAGAGAGAAGGAAAACAAAAUGGUGGUGCCAGAUGAAUCAACCAUCUGGGAUGAAGUUCUGGAAGAAGCCGAUGAGCUAGCCUAUGUGCACAAAGUUCCUCCUAGUAUAUCAUUCCUAUCUGCUGGAACAGGCAAAAGGAGAAAAGGUGAACACAGGCUCAAAUUCUCAAUACGUGGAUCCAGUUCUGUUUCACUGAAUGUGAAGACUGAAAACCCAUACAUUGGGGAGCAAGAAGUUUCAUCAGUAAUGCCAACAAACAGAGCUCCUGAAACCAUGAUGGCUGAGCAGUUGGAAAAUAUCAAGGAGGAAACUGAAGAUUUGCCCUCAGAGUUUGCUUGUUCAACCAAGAAAGCAAAUGUUUCAAUUUCUGAACUUCUUGACAGUUUACAGGAUAGAAGUGCCUCCUCUGCUGGGACACCAUUUUUGUUGCAUCAACACACCAGACCUAAGGAAGAAAAGCCAAAGGUCCCUACUUCUGUGAAGAGAACACUUGCACUUCUAGGUCAGAGGAAUCUUGAGACCGAGAAUCCCUUGGAGCAUGUAAUUGGUGAAACAUCUAGCGAGGAGGAAGACGAUGCUCAAAACAACCUGGCUUUGAUCAACAAAGAUGUCAAGGGGCAAACUAUGGCUGACAUAUUUCAACAAGUAUUUAAUGCAACAAGCAUGGACUGUUUUACACUGCCCGUGAGAUCAUAUGGAUCUGGUUAUUAUGGAAGGAUGCAACAAAUUCUGCAGAUGGAGAAAGAUAGGCAUGCUGAGUUCCUAAGACAGUAUAACAGAGAGCAAGAUUAUUUAGGCGAUCCAAAGGGGGUUACAGUUCAGAUUUUGUCAAGGUCUCUGGAAGGAAAGCUAACAAUCUGCCGCUGCUUGUUCAUGGAGAAGAGCAAUUUGGCCACAACAGGGGAAGUGUCAACAGAUCUUGACAUGGAUAAUAGCAGCGUGAAAAGGACCAUCAUCUUCAGUCCCAAGAUAUGUGACAACGUGGAUCUUCUAGCAGGAAACAUUAUUCACAUCUUCCCACCAUGGAAAGAAGUUAAGGUGAAAGAAGAGACGGUGAUUCUUUGCACCUACUUCUCGCAUCGUGGAGUUUGAUACUACUUGAGAUGCUUCUUUUUUAGAUGAAUUUAUCAUGAGUAAGAGGAAGCAACGAUUAUGCAUGACCGUGUCCUGUGUAUGUUGGCGCUCCCGAGUCCCGAGUCACUGCACGACCUGCUGACCUGAUAGUUUAGAAGUUAGAACCCUCCUGAUGACCACAUGAUGUAGCCGAGUUUGUACACAGCGUACUUUGACACAACCAGUAUAUAAUGCUAAUACAUCAUUGCCUUUUUUAUUCUGGAGGAGAAUGUUUUUUUUUUAA